AUGGAUGUUCUUGACCGGAUGAAUAGUAUGGGCGUGCCAAACGCACCCCGCGCGAGCCAACUGUCUGGCUCAGCAACUUUUCCGACCACCAACUCCUCCUCCUCCGUGAACUCCCUAUCCUCUGCACAGCCAAAUGGCCAGGUCGUGGCAACCAGUAACAUCAUAAACCAGAGGGCCGACGCAUCCCGAUCACUCUAUCAAAUAUGCGUUGCCCUAAAACAGAGGCUGGCCAAGGUGCCGGGCUUUGAAGCAUACAUGGAUCAGCUCGAAAUCAUGGCUGCGGAUCCGGAUGAGGGGGGCCCUGUCGAAUCGCUAUGGAAGCUCCUGCGAACCGGAUAUCCGCUCCUGGCCAUCUACAACGUUCUGCAACCAGAAACUCCGCUGCAAGUUCAGGCAGCGCCCGAGGCAUCCCAGUCGAAGCGGUCAAAGAUUGCCAUUCUCCGCUUUGUCGAGGCUUGCAAAUCCAAGCUCAUGCUUCCCACAACUGAUGUCUUUAUCAUCACCGAUCUUGCAGGCAAUGACACCACCGGGUUUGUGAAGGUCACCACCGUGAUCAACCAUGUUCUGGAUCUUGCCGAGCAGCGGGGCCUCCUUCUUCAAAUCCAGCCUUAUCCUGAAGACGAUGCGAUGGAAGCAGGCUCACAAAUGAGUUACCGUGACUAUGUCGUCCGCGAGUUGGUUGACACUGAGCGGAAGUACGUCCAGGAUCUGGAACACCUCCAUGAUUUGAAGAAGACAUUGGAGCAGAACGGCAUCAUCACUGGCGACAAAGUUCACGACAUUUUCCUCAAUAUCAAUGCCAUUCUGGAUUGCCAGCGGAAGUUCCUGAUCAAGGUGGAAACAACGAACUCGGUGCCACAAGCGAGGCAGGAGUGGGGCGCCCUCUUCUUUGGGAACGAAGAGGUAUUCAACCGGUGUUACCAGCCCUUUAUCGCAAACCAGCGGAAGGCUGGGCAACUAGCCAGCCAGGUCUUUGACAAGAUCCAGACCGCUGAUCACCCUGUUGCUUGUGACUUCAACACCCUCGAUGGCUUCCUCCUGAAGCCCAUGCAGCGCCUUGUUAAAUACCCGCUUCUUCUCAAGGAUCUCCUAAAGAAGAGCGAGGAUGAAGCGACCAAGGCCGACCUCACAGCAGGGAUCGCCGCUGCCGAGCGAGUACUUCAGAAGGCUAACGAGGCUGUGAACCGGGAUCUUCUGAGCGAAGCAGUCGACGACUUAGUGAACCGUGUUGAAGACUGGAAAAAACACCGCGUGGAUCAUUUCGGUGACUUGCUCAUGCACGGAGUCUACACUGUCGUUACUGGCAAAGGUGACCAGGAGAAAGACUAUGAGAUCUACCUUUUCCAAUGCAUCCUGUUGUGCUGUAAGGAGGUCGUGCCGGGCAAAACCAAGGAUAAAAAGGACAAGACAAAAUCAACAGGACCCAAGGUGCGCAACAAAAACGCAAAGUUGCAGCUCAAAGGGCGCAUCUUCAUGACAAAUGUCACAGAAGUUGUUGCCAUGUCCAAGACUGGUUCCUAUACCGUCCAAAUCUGGUGGAAGGGGGAUCCCGGCGUGGAGAAUUUCAUGAUCAAGUUCCAAAAUGAGGACACAAUGAAGAAAUGGGCCGCGGGUCUCGAUAAACAGCGACAAGAGAACGCCCCUCAGUUCGACCAGAAAGCCAUCGUGGAAGAGGGUUUUGCCUGGAUCAAGAACAUGCCCGGCGGCUUGAAGAACCCCUAUGUUCGGGAUCUUGACGAGGAUGAGGAUGAAGAGGACGAGCCCAACGGAAGCAUAAUGGGGACAACACCCACCUCUUCCCAAGCCAGCACCCUCGUGGCCAUGCCAGGCACAAUCCAGCGCAACAGCUCGAGCAACAGCCUGCACCGUCAACGCUCGCUUACUGGCGAUAGUACCCAUCCCAUGGCAAAUAUCGGUCGGGCGGCACCUCCACGGUUCCCGAUGCCUCUACCCGCGCAAUCAAAUCUUAGCCUUCAAACCCAGGGCCAAGCGUCGCCGUUAUACCGCCCGGCUGAGACAUCUUACUUCUCACCUACCGCAGAGUCCCCAGCUAGCCGUGCUAGCACCAUCAGUGGCGUCUUCAACGGCUCAGGGUACCCUUUCCCCAAAACCAGCACACCCCAACCUUGGAAUCCGGAGGAUAGCAACCGGUACACUGCUCCGGCAAUGCCCCGAGCACCUUCCCGAGACGGCCCAUCUCCCGCCAACGGCCUUGGCAUGAAUGGGCGCAACCCUCGAGGACCUUCAAUGCCCGUAAUGCCUCGCGACUCGGGGCAGUCAAGCCAGCUGCACUCGCGUAUCCGCAGCCACAGCACCCCAGAUAUCAAUGGCCAGAGCCAACGUACUACACAACCGGUACCCGCCGUCCCCGGUAUCCCAGCUCACCUCCACCAGCACCACCCCCCACACCCUACCCACGCACGCCAUGACUCGAACAUCCCGCGCAGUAACGCCGGCAGCCCGGCAAAUGACCUUCCCAUACGGACCAACACCAGUUCUCCAGGGACCCAACGAAUAAGGACGCCGUAUGGGGGUACCAUGGCGCAAUUCCCUACUCAACCCGUGUACCCGCGACAAGGAACACCUGGGAGUGGGAACAACCUGCCUCCACCUGGUCCUCCACCCCCUGGUAUGGCUCCGCUCGCCCCCAUGGAUCCAUCACGAUCAAUCACCCCGGGCCUCGCAACUGCACCGUUCGGCUCGGCCAACGAUAUGGUUCCGCCGACUCCUGACAUCAUGCCGAACCAGCUCAAAGUGAAGGUGAACUGCGAUUUGAACGGCAACGGGGUCUCAGUCACGCUGGUUGCCCAAUUUAACAUCACCUACCAAAGCCUAAUCGAUCGUAUCGACGUCAAACUCGCUCGGGUUUCUAACAGCAGCAUCGCUAGAGGCGAUUUGAAGCUGCGAUACCAGGACGAGGACGGCGAUUUUGUAACCAUCGAGGGCGACGACGACAUACAGAUUGCCAUUUCUGAAUGGCGUGAGGGCCAGAGCAACAUGCCGGGAGGCUUGGGGGAGAUUGAACUUUUUUGCGUCAGCGAGUCGAGCUCAGCCUGA